AUCCAUUGGAAGGUUACACUCCACUGAAGGCUUUGAGGAAACGUAUUCUGAUCUCUGCUGUGAUACGAGAGAGUACUGGGAAGGUCAUCCUGUGUGUUUCAAAUGUCAGAAAACGAGAACAUCCAGGUCGUUGUGAGAUGCCGGGCAAGGAACGCCAAAGAGACAUCAACAAAGAGCGCUGUUGUGGUCCAUGUGGCGGAUGAGUUGGGCGAUGGGGUGGUGUUGAAUCCUUCUGAUGAAACAGGAGUAGCUGCACAGUUGAACUCGAAGAAGUAUGUGUUUGACAAGGUGUUUGGCCCCAUGGCUGACCAAACGUCGUUGUUUGCAAAUGUGGCAUCACCGCUGUUUGAUGAGUUCUUGAAGGGUUACAACUGUACACUAUUGGUUUACGGUAUGACAUCUACUGGUAAGACGUAUACGAUGUCUGGAGACAACUCGAUUGUAAAUGGACAGCUGAGUGAAAGAGCCGGUAUCAUUCCUAGAAUGCUCAUUAGACUCUUCGAAGUACUUCAGGAUGCCAAUGGAGUGGUGCACGAGGACUACAUGGUUAAAUGCUCCUUUGUUGAGCUCUACAAUGAAGAAUUGAAGGACCUUUUGAGUGAGGAUCCAAAGAAGAAGAUUAGAAUAUUUGAUCAGAAGCAGUCCAUGACAAAUGAACCAACAUUGGGACAGAUGAACAAAUCUACAAUCCAUAUUCAAAACCUCGAAGAAGUCAUUUUGAGGAAUGCAAACCACGGUUUGAAAGUCUUGGAAAGUGGAUUGAAAAUACGGCAGGUUGCUGCAACAAAGAUGAACGACUUCUCAAGUAGAUCUCAUACAAUAUUCACUUUAAAUCUCUUCAAAAAGGAUCAACAAUCCGGUGAGCUUUUUAGAAUAUCUAAGAUGAACUUAGUGGAUCUUGCAGGUUCAGAGAAUAUCAGCAGGUCUGGUGCACUGAACCAAAGAGCUAAAGAGGCAGGAUCUAUCAACCAGAGUUUACUAACUUUGGGCAGGGUAAUCAGCCUCUUGGUUGAGAAGAACAAUCAACACAUCCCAUACAGGGAGUCAAAAUUGACACGUCUAUUACAAGAUUCUCUUGGAGGUCGUACAAAGACUUGCUUAAUAGCAACAAUAUCACCAGCCAAGAUAAAUUAUGACGAGACUCUAAGCACGUUGGAAUAUGCCAACAAAGCCAAGAGUAUUCAAAAUAAACCACAGAUCGGUUCCACUCUAUCUAAAGAUGUUUUACUUCGAGAGUUGAGUCUAGAAUUGUCAAAGACUAAAGCAGAUUUAACCUCGACGAGGUUGAAGGAUGGGAUCUAUAUGGACAAUGACAAUUAUGAAGAACUAAUGAGUGAUAUUCAGGAGUAUAAGACAGAAUUAGAAGAGUAUAAGAGAUCACAAGAUACGUUGAAGAAACAUAACGAUCAAUUGAAAUCGCAACUACAAGAUACCGAGAAUCAGAGCAACACCUACAUCACAAUGAUAAAUACACUCAAUGCUACUGUUGAAACUCUUCAUAAUAAAAUUGAUCAACAACGGGAAAAUGAAAAAAAUCUUAUGAGUUCAAGUUCAAAGUUCAAAAAUAUCAUAAACUCUAUCAAUGAGAACUUGGCCGUCUUUAAGAAGUAUGAGGAUGAUACAAAGACAACUAUCAAUAAUGUGAAUAAAAGAGUGACAGAAGAUUUGAUACAGAGGAUUGUGGGUAUUCUGAGCAAUACCAAUAAGGACAUUGAUAUCUCUCCUAACAUUGCCAGUAUCAGCGAGGAGAUAAGCGAAAUGAUAACUGUCCUUCAAAGGUCUACCUACGACGCUUGUAAGAACGUUGGUGAGACGAUUCUCUCAAAAUUUCCAGAUCUUUUCAAGGAUUUCGAUUCGAACGUAUCUCAAUUGGGAAACUUGUUGAAAGAAUUUCAGCUGGGAUUGAACGAACAAUUCUCAAAUCUCUCAAAAGAGAACAAUGACUUCAAAGCUGUGUUGAAUGAUUCUCUAUUUCAAAACCAUGCCGAUAUUGUGAACUCCGUUGUAUCAAAGACUCAAAAACAGCUCGAAGACGAUGCUAAUCAACUACUUAACGAGUUUAUUGAAGUGAUGCGGGAGAAGAACAAUAAACAACAAGAACUGGUUGCUGAGAAGAUUCGUCUGGCUGUCUCUGAAUCCCUUCAAGCCGAAAAGGAUGUGUUGGUACCAGCUAAAGAGCGUUGGGAAAAUGCGUCAAGACAGAUCAUCAACAGCUGUGAUUCUCGGACGUUGGAUUUCCAGUUUCAACACAAACAUGAACUUUCCGAGAUUUCUACUAGACUUAAAGAAACCAGUCGUUUUACAAACUUGUCAAAGACAACAAUUGACAAUGAAUUGAAGAAUAUCAACCAAGUGACAACCGACUUUUUGAAUAAUGGUGCGGUGCAACAAAGCCUUGAUGAUAUUAAAUGUAAGUUCUCAAUGCUCGGCGAUCAAAAGGAUGAACUUCGAGAGGUUCUUGAUCACUCAAAGGAUGGGUUUGUCAGUAUCCAAGAUGAACUUCAACGGAAAAUUGUCGACAAUACCACGGUGGAUUCCCUUGAAGAGCAAGACGUUGAUACACUCAUUGGUGACCUUGAACAGGAGCAGAAAAAUAUUAGACAUUCGCUAUUGCCAACCGGGAAGACUCCGAAGAGACAGGCUUUGUAUAUACCAAAGAAGAAGGUCAGCGACUCGUCACAGGAGGCACCUCCCAAGUUUGAACUAAUUGGAGAAAGGUUUCAGAAUCGGGAAAACAAAGAGAACAAUGCCAAUGAGCCAAUAAUGAGGAAGCGUAAGUCAGAUGAAGAAAUCACUCCAAGGCACACCAAGAGGCCUGUUAAUAGAUAUAUGAGAUCUCUUCCUGACUAUGGGAGGAUACCGAGAAGAUGAAUAGAAGGCAAUUAUUGGUGACGG